GAGACCGUUCACACUUGCGGCUCACAGAGGUGGAAGAGGUCAAAGACAAACAUGUCUCUGUGUAGUGUGUUUUGACAGAGGGGACAGAGUCUGAGACUGAGACAGAGACUGUUAGCUGUUAGCAGAACGCUGCCUGCACUUCACCUGAGCGGCUCACAUCCACCUGCUGCCCGCUGCGCUGGGAACCGGUGUCCGGCGGCGAGUCGGCAGACAAAAACGGACGGACUGUCACUGACAAAUGAAAUGAGGUUUUUCCCCUUCAGAUUUGGAUGUCUGCUGGUUUUCGCGUGUGUUGCGUCGGUUACUUGGAUUAAAUCGAUUCCCGGUGAUGGAGGUUCAGCAGCACCAUCAGACUUGCAGACUCUGUACAAGCGUCUGCUGGUGGCGGAGGAGUUGGGAGGGCAGGUCAGCAGGGAUCUCAGCAACAUCCUCGAACAUCUGAAGAACAAAUCCAGAGCUGCCAACAUCACCAAUCUCACCAGUAACACCACCAGCAACACUGCCACAGAAACAAUAUGGCAGCAGAACGCCAAUUCAGGCCAGCAGACAUUCCUCCUGCCGAAUAUUUACCUCUACAUGCCCCACCUCAGACAACAUCCACACAGCCUGCUACCCAAUGUAGUCCUGGGACAGGGACGCCAAGGAGUGUCCAUGGUAAUGGGCAUUCCUACAGUGAAGCGUGAGAAGCAGAGCUACCUGGUCAACACACUCAGCUCUCUGCUCUACGGCCUGACGUCUGUGCAGCAGCAAGAUCUCCUUAUUAUUGUUUUUGUUGCUGAGACGGAUUCAGACUACAUCAACAGCACAGCAGAGACCAUCAGGAGGAAUUUUCCCAAGGAGGUGCAGUCGGGCCUGGUGGAGGUCGUCUCUCCCUCUCAGUAUUACUACCCCGAUUUCAACAGUCUCAGAGAGACCUUUGGAGACUCCAAGGACAGAGUCAAAUGGCGAACAAAGCAGAAUCUGGACUACAGCUUCCUCAUGCUUUAUGCUCAGGACAAAGGAACCUAUUACGUUCAGUUAGAGGAUGAUGUUGUCGCAAAGGCAGGCUACUUUGACAACAUGAAGACCUACGCCACAAAGGAGGACUCCAAGCAGUGGCUCUUCCUGGAGUUCUCCCAGCUUGGAUUUAUAGGCAAGAUGUUUCGAACCCGUGACCUCCCGAUGAUAGCAGAGUUCUUCCUGAUGUUUCACAGAGAUAAGCCCAUCGACUGGCUGUUAGAUCACAUUCUGUGGGUGAAAGUUUGCAACCCGGAGAAAGAUGCAAAACACUGUGAUACCCAAAAGGCUUCACUCAAGCAGAGGUACAAACCCUCCCUCUUUCAGCACGUCGGCCUCCACUCGUCUCUGCCUGGGAAGUUACAGCACCUGAAGGAUAAGGACUUUGGAAAGCAGACUCUGUUCCAGGCCCACAGUAACCCAGCUGCAGAGCUGAGCAGCAGCCUCAAACAUUACCAGCAGCACAGUCUGAGCAGGGCUUACAAAGGAAUGGACUUCUUCUGGGCAUUAACUCCCGUCAAGGACGACUUUAUCCUUUUCAGCUUUCCCCAGCCAAUCCACAUUACCAGGUACCUGUUUCGCAGCGGAAAUAUUGAGACCAGUGGAGAUAAAUUCAUGAACACCACAGUGGAAGUGCUGCCCAGCAAUGUGACAGCACGAGACACACUGGCGACUGCCUUGUCUUCCUCAAACAAACAGUCUGAUCAGGGCUUCAUCAUUAUUGGUGCAUUUGAGAAUGGAGUGGCUGAGGGGGAGAUUGAAGAGGCGCUGCAGCCGAUCUCAGCGCUGCGCCUGGUGGUUCACUCUGACGCUGACGUCUGGGCUCUGCUGAGUGAGAUCCUCAUUAAAGUUUGAAGACUGCAGACAAGAGGAAACCACACACACACACACACGCUGCCAUGAGCCCGGAGCUUCACCUGAACAGACUGCGCCUCCUGAUUGAUACAGACUGUCAUUACAGGGACUUUGAUUUCCAAGGAUUACAUGAAGUGCCUUCACCGACUGUGACUGUGAUCGGCGAGGAAGGAGGACCCACGUUUAGUGUUUGUUCCUGGGUCGCGGACUUUGAAUUGUACCUGCAAUAUUAAACACGCAGAGUUGUGGAACAUGGAAAGGAAUCCACCUACCUUCCUAACUGAAUCUGCCACAUUGCUGGCACAGAGUAGCUGUUUAAGGACACAGCUAUAUCCUCAAUGAGUAAUUUAUUACAUUAUAUUUUGUUGUAACAAAUAAAGGAAAAAAUCUAGUA